AACAAAUAAUAAAAAACAAAACGACAACAAAUUGUUGCGUUGGAUUCGAUUGCAGAGCGUAAACAAUGGCUUCUUCUUCAUCUUCAUCAUCGGGUGCUACAGAGCGAAGAGGAAUACCAGGUGCUCAGUUCGUUGAAGAUGUUCAAACUUAUCUCACUCAAUUAGGUCUCGAUGUUAAUUCCGCUCUCGCUUUUCUUCAAGAAAGACUUCAGCAAUACAAGGUUGUUGAAAUGAAGCUUCUUGCGCAGCAAAGGGAACUUCAGGCAAAGAUACCGGAUAUUGAAAAGUGCCUAGAAGUUGUUGCUACAUUGCAAGCUAAGAAGGGUACUGGUGAGGAACUUAUUGCUGAUUUUGAGGUGUCUGAAGGAAUAUAUUCACGAGCUUCUAUAGAAGAAACCAAUUCUGUGUGUUUAUGGCUGGGGGCAAAUGUUAUGUUGGAAUAUUCAUUAGAAGAGGCUACUGCUCUUCUACAGAAAAACCUGGAUAAUGCUAGAGCCAGUUUAGAAGUUCUUGUUGCUGAUCUACUGUUUUUAAGAGACCAAACGACAAUUACUCAGGUUACGAUUGCUCGUGUUUAUAAUUGGGAUGUCCAUCAACGGAGAACUCAACAAGUUGCUGCUACCGCAAUUGCUCAAGAGUAGUAUUGAAGAGAAUUUGAUCACGCUUAGAUCUAAAGUUGAGCACUUACACCCUUCAGUUUAGAUUAUGCUUCUAAUCUCUUGCCAGUUUCAAAUUUUAAUGAAAUAUUGGGUUCCUUUCCUUCCUGUCCCUAGUUCCGGUUUCUCCAAAGUAGAUUCUAGGAUAUGAACAAUUUUUUUAUAUGUAUGUUAUGUUGAUUAGAAUCUCUUGGUCUCUGGAACAUUUUUGUAAAAUUAACAGGAAAAUUGUCUUGUAUGAUCCUAUGGGUAUAUUCUACCCUGCAACUUCGUUUUCCUUGUUUAAUUUUAUAUUGUUGAUUCUUUGUCUCUGAGUAA